GGCGCCUGUCCCGGGCUGUCCCGGCUGCGGGGGAUUCCCGGGCUCGGGGCCAGGGGGCGGUCCCAGUGCGCGGAGUGGCCGCAGUUUCGGGGCGGAGGCGGGAGCUGCUUAAAUGCAGCGGCGACUGAGUGCUGGCUGGAGCAGCGAUGGAUAGGAGGAGACCGGACGCGAUAUCUGUGCGGGUUCUCCUGCCCAGGGAGCAGAGUAUCCGUGACGGCUGCAGCCUGCAGCGAGCGUGGAAGUGUGGGAUGGCGCUUGGAGUGAUCACGCUACUCGGCGCCCUCGGCGCCUACCUGUUACUGCAGCAUAUGCCACAGAGCAGCGCCCAGACCGGCACUACGGUCGAAGCUGACGUUGCCCGGGCACAUCUGACAGCCAAAGAAACUAGCAGUGAUCUCCAUGUGCUGCAGUGGGAAGACCAGUACGGACUAGCUUUUCUGAUGGGGGAGAUAAGUUACCAGAACCAGUCUCUAACCAUUCAGAAAGCAGGAGUGUACUAUGUGUACUCUCAGGUAUCAUUCCGAGGCAAGAAAAGCACUCAUUGUGGGUAUGUCACCCACACUGUCACCAAGCAGGUACAGAGUUACCCGGAACCCAUCCACCUGCUCAGCUCCACCAAGACAGUAUGCAGCCAGGAUAGCUCAUGGUCUGUAUCCAUCUAUUUGGGGGCCAUAUUCAAAUUGGAGAAUGGGGACAGAUUGGCUGUUCAAGUCAACAACGUGACACAUGUGGACAUCACCAGUGAGCAUAAAACUUUCUUUGGUGCAUUCUUGCUGUGAUCCCUCAGUUACGAAGUGCUGUAAAGAGAAAUUAAGCAUUCAUUCAGAGGGCAUUGAAUCUUGAUCCAUUACUUAUUUAAGCCCAUCUUUCCUACUGGACACAGGCCGUCAACAACAGCUCAUUGGGAGUCCUUUGUCUCUGUCUUGGGCCAGUCUUCCAGUUGUCUCCAGGUGUAGCCCAUCUUCUCCUUCUCUCAGGGAUGAGGUCUUUGGAGCUUCUGUUGGCAUUCCUUAGCUCUGGGUUUUUAUGGGAGGGGGUUGCUAGCUCCAUGCCCAACCCUCCUCCUUUCACAGCCUGGCUUGGGACUGUCCAUGGCAGAGUUAAUCUGAAUCCAUACUAUCCCAUAAAAAGAUUGAGAAUGGGAUUUGUCCAUCCAAAUUCAUGGAAGUAGGAAUCAUCAGCUGCCUUUUUAAGUAAUGUUUUGCACAGUCAGUUAGAGGUAGUAGGAAGAGAUAGAUUAAUCACACUACAUGUACAGGAAUAUGCUGGCUCGCUGCCUGUUUGUGUACAAUGAUGCAAUAGCAGUUUCCAGAGCACAGCAGUAGGCAGAGUGGAAGUCAGAAAAGAAAACUGAGAGAUUGUUCAAAAAGUUAACUUGAGUACAAUGAUGCAACAGCAGUAUCCAAAGAACAGCCUUGAAUGUUCAGUGAGCAGAGUGGGAGUCAGAAGAGGCAACUGAGAAUGAUUAAAAAGUUAGUAAUUGUAGAUCAAACCAAGCAAAGACUGAAGCAGCUUUCAAUGUGCCGAACACUCCCUGCCACCCGAGAUGAUCAAAUGCACCAGUGAAGCCCGUCUGUAAUGGAACUUUACUUUCUUUUACUGUUACUAACUGGUGAAAAUUCGACUUGAUUUUAUAUUUGGUGAUAUAUCCAUCGAUCAGAUGCAGAAACUCAUGACACUAAGAUGCAAUAAAAGAGAAUAUUCAGUCAUCAAGAGACAAUCCUACACUCCACUGAACCACUGCAUGUUUGAUGCAAUCAAAACUUCACUAGGCCUAUCUAUAUUUGUAAUAUGGGCACUUGAUUGUAUUGAAUUGUAUUGCUAUGCAAUGUUUAAUUUUCAUGUUAUUUAUCAAAUAUCAGAUAAUGGUCCUGCACAUUGGAAUUCACAGCAGAGAGAGAGAAAGGGUAGUUACUGAUGUCACUAUAAUACUUAUGGAUAUAGUUGAAAAUAUUGUGUAAAGACUAGAACUACUGACUCUUCAGCACCAUUUUGGUCCUGCAAGUGUUGUAUCUACUAUGUAUUCCAAAUUCUGCUGUGCAUUCUUGCCUCAGAUGUGCCUUGUGUUGUUUUAUAUUAAAACCUGAAUGAUUUAAUGAAUAUUAUACAUAAUAUGUAAACAGAUUCCUGUGUGGUAUUGUAGGACAUUCUGUUAAGCGAUGACCAUUUAUUCUGUAGAAUCCUCAUUCUUAACAUUUUGAAAGCACUCAUUUAAAACCUACCAUUCCUCCUGUUCUGCAGAACGUAAGCUGCUGAUAGUCAGACCAGGAAGACCUCACUUUGGGCACAUAGAUCCACAGCCAGCAGUAAGGUCCAUGGGAAGGUUGAGGGGGCUUUGAGGUGGUGUGUGAUACUGUAGCUGUUUAUCAGUUAGUUGCUCCAUUAAAGUAUUGGGCAUUAAGUGAGAACAGAGUUGAGUUUAAUGGUACAUCUUCAUUGACUGAAUCAUCAAUCAAGAAUACACUUCAAACGUACACCUUCACUGGCUGAAUCAUCUGUCAAGAAAGGCUGAAUCCAGGCUCCAGGGGUCUCCUGAAGUUUCCUGAUACUAGCAAAUGAAUGGCUGGAGAUAACUAAAUGCAAUACCAGACCACGCCUGAAUUGUUUGUGUUGUGCUUUGUUCUAUUUAUAAUUUUUUGUAAGAGAACUAACAUUUUAUUAAAGAUUGUAAU